UGUAUAAAGUUCAUAUAUUCAGCAGCAGUCAGUCCAGAGAGAAAAUCUCACUAACAGCUUUGUGCUCACUGCGCAUGCGCUGCAGCCUGGUUUGAGCCUCUCCGGACACCGUCGCUCAGCAGGAAGCGUGAAGGCGUUUUGCGGGAGCGGUUUGUUUAAAGCCUGGACUCGUUUUAAUCUUCUAUAAGUGAUAAAAGGUGAAUCCUGCGGACAUGGAGUCCCUGCAGCUGCUGCUGCAGCAGUUCAAACCCGGAAGUGAAGCGGAGUCCAUCUGGUUGAAGGACAUCUUCAUCUUCAUCAGAGAACAGGUGUGUCCUGAGCUCUCUGGCCCCGCCCCCUCUGGCCCCGCCCCUCCCGCUGCUGACACGUCACUGACAGAUGUUUCAGGUGGAGGCGUGGCGUCUCAGCUGAGCGUGUGUGUGGUGAAGAAGAUUCAGGAGCACCUGUCCGUCACACACAGUUUACCUGUCAGCUACAGGCCAGUGUGUGUCUCUGAGCUGCUCUCCCGACAGCACCUGGCCUGCGUCAGUAACCUGUCCUGGAGCACCAAUCAGCAGAGAGCGUGGGCGAAGGAGGCGGAGCUUUCUCUGCCAGGUCACCGCGCUCUGCCACGGGUCAACCUGCUGCUGAUUGGCUGUCUGAGAGAGGGGCGGGGCGGAGAGUGGCGGCUGACGGAUGCCAGCGGCAGCGUCAGGUGUGAGAGCCUGUCUCCCUCUCCUCUCUGGCUCAACCAGCCCGUCUUCCUCCCUCACUGGAACUACAUCCCCCACAAUGCCCCGGGGCAGGAGGAGGCCGGAGGCUGGGUGGAGCUGAUUGGCUCUCCCGUCCUGCUGUUUCCUGGUCCUGAGCAGGGAUUGGCUACUGGUCCUGGAGGAGGGGCGGGGCUUAGCGGAGCGGUCGGAAUCAGAGAGGCUGCUGCUUUACUACACAACAGGGCUCGUGGACGGCGGCUGUCUGUCUGUGGUCAGGUGGGGUCGGUUUGUCCUCUGCUGGUCGUUGCAGGAACGACGUUCUUCUGCUUCACACUGACGGACGAAUCACAGACUCUACCUGUGCUGGUUAAGGACAGCAGCAGGUUGUGGUGGUCUCGGUGUGUGCGUGUCGGUCAGCGUGUGUGUGUGACGGCUCUGCGUGUGUGUGUCCUGCGAGGCUGGAGAGGAAACAACAUCCUGUGUGUGAGCGACCGUUCUGAGAUACACGCACACACACAGGAGCGCACACACACACCUGCAGACACGCCCCCACCUGUGAUGAUGUCACACACUGAUGAGAAGGAGGAGGCGGAGCCAGAGAGAGACACCGUCCAAUCAGCUGUCAGGAUGAAAGAGUCCAGAGUCAUCAGUUACCAGGGCACUGUGACUGAGGUGGUGAGCGAGGGGGCGGGGCUGUACGUGAUUGACAGGACGGUGGGUCUGUGCCUGGCCUAUCAGCCGACGCUGAGCAGGAAGCUGAGAGCAGGAGACGCUGUGGAGCUCUAUCAUGUUCACUUCCUGUACCGGCCCUGUCCUGACUUUCCUCCCAGCAUGCUUUGCACCUGUCUGCGCUCCACCCUGAGGGUCACCGCCUUCAGCAGGGUGGGGGGGUCUCCGCCAGACUCCAGCUGCCCCGGAGACGGAGCGUUACCACGGUUACUGCUGGAGAAGAACAUGGGCGUGUCCGAGUACCUGUGGAGCUGCCACCUGAGCUCCCAGCUCACACACAGUCUCCUCCCCAGUGUCGUGAAGCAGCAGUGUGUGUGUGUGUUGUCAUGGAAACUGAUGGAGCGUGUGUGGAGGCGAGGACGGCAGGGACAACGGGACAUCUACUCUGAGAUGCUAGACGAGCCUCACAACUGUCCUCUGACACAGUACAGUGCUGACCCUGCAGUGCAUCAGUACAUCAGUGUAUCAGAGCUCACCGAGUCUCUGCAGUCAGAAUGUUGGUCUUCAGUGUCUCUGAGGUCUCUGCUGCCUCCUGGUGGAUCCAGUCUGACCAGUUCUCAGAUUAACUCAGUUCUGGCCUGGUCCUGCAGGACUCUGAACUCUGACCCCCAGCAUGGAGAGGCACUCAGACGGCGUCCCCUGCUGCUGGUUGGCGUGUUGGAGCUUCCAUCACAGACGUCUGAACACACAUUACAGCUGAGAGACAGCACAGCAGCUGUGGCCUGUGUCGUCACGGAAACGAGCGAGGAAGAGGAGGGAGGUCAGAGGGCAGCCUUCAACACCGCCUGGAUAGGUUGUCUGGUGUGUGUGCAGCACUUCACCAUGGUAACAGAGAGAUUCCUCCAGUCAGAUUUCCCCUCCUUCCAACACCUGGACCAGGACAAGUUCAUCACACACAAACACUGCAGAGUUUACCUGCAGUUUUCUCUGGACCACGUCCACAUCCUGAGUCCUUCUGUUGCCAUGGUAACACAGCUGAGACAGAGGGGGGCGGAGUCAGGAGGUGACGUCACAGGGAGGAAACAGAGAGAAGAAGAAGAGAUGGAGGGAGGUCAGACUGCAGGGAGGAAGAGGAGAAGAGAGGAAGAGGAGGAACCAGACUCCUCCCACUCUACCUCCUCUGUUACCAUGACGAAAGCCUCCCGGCCCUGCGUCUCCAUGGUGAUCAGGGUGCAGCAGAAGGAGGGCGUGGCCUGGAGGAACACGGGGGCGGAGUUAAAGGAGGAGGAGGCGGGGCUGAUGCCGUGUUUCUCUGUCAGAGCUGCUGUGAUUGGUCCAGUGGUCAGCUGGGGGCGGGACCCAAAGAACGGACCAAUGACAGACAGAGAGACAGAGACGGAGAAGGACGACAAGGUGAUACUGGUGAUGUCAGGUGCGUCAGCUCGGUGGUUUCCUCUCCUGCAUCCUGGAUGUUUCUACAGACUGGUUGCUGCCAACACACAGGAUCCCAGCGUUCUGAUUGGCUGUGGUGUUUCUGGGCGUAGUGGGGUGGAGCUGCACACUGACUCCACCCUGCAGGUCAACUCUGAUUGGAGGUUCCACACACUGACACGCCCACUGCUACUGCACACCUACAGACAGCCUCUCUCGCCCACAGUCCAGUCUGUCUCUGAGGUUCUGGACUGCAGCUCAGCAGACUUGGUGUGUUUUCAGGGUUUGGUGUCUGAGAGGAUCAGUCUGACUGACAGGACGAGCAACUCUGGACACACACACACACACACAGGUGUGCGUCUCACAGUGUGUGACCAAAGUGGGAGGAGUCUCCAGGUGUACCUGGACUUGAGCUACACCCCCUACCCACCUGGCCUGUUGCCUGGCAACACACUCCUGCUGUCUGCUUUCCAGAGGAGACUGUCCAGGUCAGGAAGUGUGUACUGCAGGUUUUUACCUGUCAGCUCAGUAACUGUCAUCACACUGGGAGAUACGAGCUAUGCCCGGCCUCCUCCUGCUCCCAUGAUGCAUCUGGGUCUGUGGGCUCUGAGCAGGGAGCACAGGUGCACUGUGGGUCAGGUCAAAGGUCACCUGGUCUGUUUCCUGUUCCUGCAGCUGCAGUGGAGCUGCUCACUGUGUGGCAGUGUCUACACACAGUCUUGUUGCAGCUCUCAGUGUCGGUCAAACUCUGCAGUGUUUCAGUCUAAAGCAAAGCUGGUGAUUGAUGACGGGACAGGUGAGGCUCACGUCUGGUUCUCAGGAGCUCUGGUUCGUCCUCUGCUGGGAUUGGCUGAUUCUCAGUGGGAGGGGCUUCAGAGGGCGCUGAAGGUCAGAGGUCACAUCAGAGUGUAUCCCCGGGGGCGGAGCCUGGUGUGUGACUCUGACUCUGAUGACUCCCUCCUGCUCUACCUGUUGUGUGUGUGCAGCAGUGAUACUGUGUGUCGCUCGCUCUCUCUCACCUGCAGGAAACACACCAAUCAGAGACCAGAAGAGAUGAGGAGAUUCAGUCGAGGAGACAGAGACUUCAUGACCAGGAUGAGUCGUCCUCUACAGCUCACCUGUCUGCACAUCAACACUGACUGACCUCACCUGACCUCAC